CUUGGACCCAGCUUCUCUGAGGUAGGAUCUUAGAUUUCAUGAAAAACAGAACAUUACCCAGAUAUUGGGAUGUUUUCUUUAGGUAUUACUCUGUAACUGUUAGAAGGCCACCUUAUUGUGAGCUUAUCUGCUGAUGACUUGAGGCAGUGGUCCUUCUCAGGAUCAAGAAGCAUAAAUGCAUAUAUUCAAUAAUCGGCAAGCAGAUGACUGAAAAGGGGCAUUUAGCAUGAAACGUGGGGAAGCUAAGGGAAAUCUAAGUUUAGAAUAAUAUGAAGAGAUUUACUGGAGGAAAAUGGCGUGUGAGAGCUGACAGCUGGAAAGAAAGUUUCAGACUUGAACUGGUAGCAAGGGUGCAUAUUAUUGGAUAAGCAUAGAUUGCCCUCUGAAUAUUUUAAAAUUUACAUUACAUUUUAAGUUAAAUGACAAUUUAACUUUGUAUUUAGGUGUAUUUUCACAUGUAUUUAGGUGUGACUGAAGACUUUCUGCAUGCUUGGAGGAAAAUUUGAUUUUUUUCCUUUUUUUUCCUAACCUCCUUCCUCUUUUAUUUACCCUAUAAGGCAUCCACAUGUGCCUUAAGAUAAAAUCCUUAAAAAUAUGCAGGUAGAGUGGGAUAUCUAAGGCAGUAUGUAAUUAGAACUGGAGAUAUAAGGUAAAGGGAAAGAGAAAUUCACAUCCUUGGAAUACUAGGUUGCUGUGGAGAGUAAAACUGCCAGAUCUUUUGUACGUACCUAUUUCAGCAUAUGUAACUUUCUUACUGAAACAAUUCCCAUUUACACCUUUUCUCAACACUGAGCUCUGGUCUCUCCACCUUCACUUUCCAGCCGCGCUCCCCCCCACACACCUCAGCUCUCCACGGGCUCUUCAGCUGUGGGUUAGACUGGACUCUCUGCUUUCUUUCACCCCAGGUGCCUAAUUCCUGCUUUCGAGCCUUUUCUGACAUUAUUUACACCGUCUUUGAUCAUGUUCUUUCAGUCUCGAGUUUUGGAAUCAGACCAGUUUCCCUCUCCGGUGUUGCACUGUUUAACUGGACUAACUCCUCCUGUCUUCUGGUUCUUGAAAUACACUGUCCUCAAAGCAGUGAUCACUUAGAUUCUCUUUAAAAGUUUAGUGCUUUAAGAUCAUUUCAGUCCCUCUAGCCCUUGGGUUGAACCUUUUUGAGAUAAAAGGAAAACUCGGGAUUCUUUAACACUUUCAUUUCCAGUUUUAGUUACCUGCAAUCUGCCAGCUUCCUGCUAUCUACCAUGUUUAAAAAAAAUAUUAAAUGAAAAAUCUCAAAUUUCAAUUGCACACCACCUUGAGUAUGAUGAACUCUUGUCCUGCAGAGGACACGGAUCGUCCUUUGGUCUGGCUUCUUCACGCUGUCUGUGCUGCCCCGAGUCAUUCGGUAGCUGUCUGGGUCAUCGACUGUGGCGGGCUCACAGUGCUUGGAUUCAAGUAACUCAGUGAUUUUUCUUAACGGCCCCGAAGAGAUGGAGCCGUGAAGCAACUUAGAUGUGCCAAAGAGAGGCUAAUAAGGUGCUUUAAGUAAAAAGGUGAAAGUUCUUGACUUAAACCUCUCAAGCUGAGUUUGCCAAGAUCUAGGUUAAGAAAAACUUUCUUUGAAAUCACGAAGGAAGAAAACCAAGUUUUGCUGUGACACAUCAAACUAAGUUAUAGCCACAGUAUAUUCUUAGGUGUUCUAUUUUAUUGUCAAUCCCUUCCUUACUGUGCGUAAUCUAUAAAGUCAACUUGAUCAUAGGUAUGUAUGCAUGGAUAGAAUAUGGUGGAUGUACAGGGCUCAGUGCUGCCUGCAGUUCCAGACAUCCACGGUGGGGGUGGGGGGGUCUUAAACUGUCUCCCACAGAUAAGGGGAAUCUGUACCUCUGUCCACUACUCAAGCUGAUGUGUAGCAUCUUGUUUGCUGUGACUUCAUGUAUGUUGUAAAACUAAACUACCCGGCACAUGUAAAGCCCUGUUCUUUAUGGUUUGGGGAAUAUCACAACUUCCUGUUUCUCUUCCUCUAUCUUCUUAGUGCCUUUCACACCAUUAUCUUCUCUUUACAAGCUUUAAUCAAAGCAGACCCCAAUAUACCAUACUUGCCUCCCUUUUUCUCAUUCAGUGACGAAUAGAUGACUUAGAGCUAUGUGGCACUUUGGCGUGUCACCAACAUGUUACUAAUCCAUUCUUUUACUGAAAGAACACUGAGGUCUGGAGAAGUAACUGUGCAUGUCAUCCCCAAAGCGAUUUUGACAGCUGAGUAAAGCACAACGGCAUUAGCUGUUAUUUGUGGUUAAACACCUUUUAAAAUAGUCCCCAACAUAUUUUCAUUUUUAGAAAUCCCCACUUUAGACUUAAAAAUGAUUUGCUUUUAUGAGGAUUUUUGAUAUGAUACAUUAAUCAAACUUAGCUAUAUACCCCUUAAGAAUAUUGUCAGUUGCUAUUAAUCUUAGCUCACACAGUAUUAGGUGAGUGUCUUCAACACGGAAUGUGUUUGCGCUUGAGGCGUUCUGUCUCCAAGGAUGGAAUGGAAAACCCCUCCCUUUAAAGCUCUGCAGGUACAUUGUGUCAAGUGGAGAAGGUCAGCUCUGGUUAGCAGCCUGAUUGCCACAGAAGGGACACUGGCUGAUUCUUCUCAUAGCUCUCGUCAUGCUGAAUUCCCGGAAAGGGGUGUCAAUGAAUUGCACGAAGCUCUUCCUGGUAGAAUAACAUCUGACCUUCCUUGGAGAUCUUCAUACAAUUUUCAUCUUCUCCAUCUUUGUGGUGGCCAUCACAGCCAACGUGGUCAUGAUUCUGCUCAUCCAUGUGGACUCCCGCCUCCACACUCCCAUGUACUUCUUGCUCGGCCAGCUCUCCAUCAUGGACACCAUCUACAUCUGUAUCACGGUCCCCAAGAUGCUCCAGGACCUCCUGUCCAAGGACAAGACCAUUUCCUUCCUGGGCUGCGCACUUCAGAUCUUCCUCUACCUGACCCUGAUGGGAGGGGAAUUCUUCCUGCUGGGUCUCAUGGCCUAUGACCGGUACGUGGCUGUGUGCGACCCUCUCCGGUACCCUCUCCUCAUGAACCGCAGGCUCUGCUUAUUCAUGGCGCUCGGCUCCUGGGUGGGCGGCUCCUUGGAUGGGUUCAUGCUGACUCCUGUCACGAUGAGUUUCCCCUUCUGUAGCUCCCGAGAGAUCGAUCACUUUUUCUGUGAGAUCCCAGCCGUGCUGAGGUUGUCGUGCACAGACACGUCGCUCUACGAGACCCUGAUGUAUGGCUGCUGCGUGCUGAUGCUGCUGCUCCCUCUGUCCGUCAUCUCCGUGUCCUACACGCGCAUCCUCCUGACUGUCCACCGGAUGAACUCUGCUGAGGGCCGGCGCAAAGCCUUUGCUACGUGUUCCUCCCACGUCACGGUGGUGAGCAUGUUCUACGGGGCGGACUUCUACACCAACGUGCUGCCCCACUCCUACCACACCCCAGAGAAGGACAAAGUGGUGUCCGCCUUCUACACCAUCCUCACCCCCAUGCUCAACCCACUCAUCUACAGCUUGAGGAAUCAAGAGGUGGCCGCAGCUCUGAGGAAAGUGCUGGGGAGAUGUGGCUCCUCCCAGAGCAUCAGGGUGGGGACUGUGAUCAGGAAGGACUAGCGGGGACUCUGCAAACAUCUGCGGUGCUGCGGCCGAUGACGCAGUUAUUCUAGAAAAUACGGUAUUGCUUCUGAAGGCUCAGGGUGGCGACUGUGACCAGGAAGGACUAGCGGGGACUCCCAGGGCAUCAGGGUGGCGACUGUGACCAGGAAGGACUAGCGGGGACUCCCAGGGCAUCAGGGUGGCGACUGACCAGGAAGGACUAGCGGGGACUCUGCAAACACCCGCGGCCAAUGGCGCAGCUAUUCCAGAAAAUACGGUAUUGCUUCUGAAGCAUGUUCAGUGUCACUUUUAGCUCAUUCAAAAUUAACAGGCAAAAUCAUCCUGUUGCGAUGAUUACUUGGCAACAAUAGCAAAGCUGGGGAGCGUCUCUGCAUUAGCCAACUUGUUCAACUGGAUUCACCAAGAAACCUUCCCAGAGGGCGUUCUCUCGGGCAGCCGUAGAAACCGUUCCUGGCAAGCCCCGCCGCCCUCUGGAGCGCCCGUGUUAACCUGUGAUCAUGAUCCUCUGUCUGCAUUGCUGACCAUCCUCUGAAUGCAAAUCGGAGCAUUUGCCACCUCCUUGAUUUACUUUCAAACAUUCAAUACAAGUAAAAUA